UGGUCCGCACAUUUUUCCGCCAAUUUUAAUCUGUAAUUUUAAGUUAUUUAUUCAACUUUUAUUUAAGUCUAGUCAAAAGUUACCUAAAAUUAAUUCAACAGUGUUGUGUUUAUGAUGAAAAUUAAUUAAAUUUAUUAAAAAGUGGCGGAGAACUGAAGACACAAAAAGUUAUCAUGAGUCGUCUAAGAUAUUUUCUUCUACUGUCAAUAUUAUUGGCUGGUUGUGCGGAAUCUGCAUUUCUCGAGUAUUUCUUUCCAAAUCGUGACAAUUUUGCCAAAACCACUGAUCUUGAGGCAUUUCCAUCGGUUCCUUAUGAAUUGGAAGAACGUGACGAGAAAUUCCUUGCUGAAGGUGCAAAACUUGCACAAAUACAACUAUCAGAACUCGACAUGUGUCAUCAUCGUGUCAUUCUAAAACUUCGUAAAUCGUGCAACGAACUAAAUGCAGAACAAAUGGGAAAACUUGCAGUCAUGCUUUUGAACUGCCAAUCUUCUCACGAGGGACGACAAAUGUUUCUAUGUAGCGAAAAUAUGUCACUGAAAGAUUGCACGCAAGAUAUGAGUCCGGAAGUAUGGAACGCGUAUCAUCUGAUAACGAAUCGAGUAAAAGCUGUCUGCGCUACUGUACGACACGAACAAUUUCGAGGAUUAACUGAACUAACUGUCAAUAAGUUAAUGACGACAGCUCACGAACAACUUGGCAUGAUGCAAAAUUUGCAAGAUAAUCAGAAAAAGUUGAAUGAGUUGACGGGACAAGCGAUCGAUGAAAUGCAAGAAAAUAGUGAAAAACUGAUAUCACAACAAAAUGAUUUAAUGUUACUGAGUUCGACGCAACGAGCAAAGUUGGAAUCUAAUUUGAAAGAAUUGGUUCGUGAAAAAAGUUUGAUCAGAAGUGGUCAAGUAGAAGUUGCAAAUUUGCUUACAGGAUUAAAAGCAAAAAUUGACGAGUCACUGAAGCAACUUGAAACUCAAGCAGCACGUUCAAAACUUCAAUACAAUUCAAUUAUUGAUGAUUUACAAGCAAGUGCUGGUCGUAUCACAGAUCAAAUUGACAAAACCAAAGCUACCAUAUCCUCGCAUCAAGAAUCGACAUUAGAACAGUACGAAUACACUAUGGAACAACUUAAGAAGAUGAAUGCUACCAUUUAUGAUUUAGCUUACAUCGUAUCUGGACUUCAAAAGGAUUUUGAGCAAAAACUAACAUGGAUUUCAGAGAAAAUUGGAGGCACAGAUUAUCUCGUUAAUCGUUUGAACGUCAUCCUGUUUCACUUUGUAUAUCUUCUGAUGGGCAUGUUAUGUCUGGUUUUCGUGAAUGCCGAUACCUUUUCACGCCUUGCAUUUAUUUUCAUGAUUCCUAUUAAUUUUAUCGCAGCUAUGUUAGAUUAUUACUCAUUAGAUGUCGUUAAAUUGACAGCUACUAUUCUAACAUUAAUCUUAACAAAUUACCUCGUGAAAUUCCUUCGUACUAAAAAUCUAACAAAAAUCUUCAGUAUGGAAGAAACCAUUGAAGAUGUUACUGACAAUGUUGGAGAUAAAAAAGAAACAAAUAACAAUAGUUACUUUACGAAAUAUGAAAGUUACAAGGUAUCAACUCCUCGAAACGGUGAAUAUAGAGGAAGAACUCCAUUACAGGAUUUUCUGAAUAAAACAGUUCUCGGUGACUCUGGAAGGAAAAGUGCUACUCCAUUUAGUACAAUAAGUAAUGGACGAGUUCAGUGUAUCGCUUCUACAAGUAGGGGAGGGCAAUGUAGAAAUGCAGCAUUAGCUGAUGGAGAUUAUUGUCGCGUACAUCAACGACUAAAAGCAACACAUGAAGACGAUGAAAGUGAUUCUCAAUGAAACUAAACAUCACAACUAUUUUUUUUAAGCCAGUGACAUAGAAUUAAGAAGUAACUUCAAUUACUAACAUAACCAAAGGAAUGGAAUUUUUAUUUUAAUUUUGAAUGGGCUGUUUUUUAAAACUAUUUUAUCUAAAGGAC